GCUGGUGCCUGAGGUCUCUGGAGGCCGAGCUAGGCAGGUGCUUUCAAAAGCCGGCCUGGCCACUCGUGUAUAUAGAGUGCUUACUCUGCACCCAGCUUUAUCUCGGAGUGCGCCUUGUUAGGCAGCAGAGUGGUGAUGACCCGACAGGGACAGAUCUCCAGCCACUGGACAGACAACCACUGUGUUUCAGUGUCAGGCUCAGCACAAGGCUUCUCAACGGUGCGCGCGCUUUAGUCCCAAGAGUCUGGAAAUCAGGGCAUUAGAAACGAUUCUUCCUGAGAGCAGAGGCCAGGGUUACAGUAAGGCCUCUACUUCAGAUGAAAAGAGGAGGGAAGAAUGGACUACACUCACCAAACUGCCCUAAUUCCAUGCGGACAAGACAAGUACAUGCCCAAGAGUGAACUUCUCCUACAUCUAAAGACAUACAACUUGUACUAUGAAGGCCAGAACCUGCAACUCCGACACCGAGAGGAAGAAGACGAGUUCAUUGUGGAGGGGCUGCUGAACAUCUCCUGGGGGCUGCGCAGGCCCAUUCGGCUGCAGAUGCAGGAUGACCACGAACGCAUCCGUCCCCCACCAUCCUCCUCCUCCUGGCACUCCGGCUGUAACCUGGGCGCACAGGGCACCACACUGAAGCCCCUUACCGUGCCCACUGUCCAGAUCUCAGAAGUGGAUAUGCCCGUUGAAAACAUGGAGACGCAUAGCCCAACAGAUUCCAGAGGCCUGAAGCCUGUGCAGGAGGACACCCCACAGUUGAUGCGCACACGCAGUGAUGUUGGGGUGCGCCGCCGUGGCAAUGUGAGGACAUCCAGUGACCAGCGGCGAAUCAGACGCCAUCGCUUCUCCAUCAAUGGCCAUUUCUAUAACCACAAGACAUCAGUGUUCACACCAGCCUAUGGCUCUGUCACCAAUGUCCGCAUCAACAGCACCAUGACAACUCCGCAGGUCCUGAAGCUGCUGCUCAACAAGUUUAAGAUUGAGAAUUCGGCAGAGGAGUUCGCGUUGUACGUGGUCCACACCAGUGGUGAGAAGCAGAAGCUGAAGAACUCUGACUACCCCCUGAUCGCCCGCAUCCUCCAGGGCCCCUGUGAGCAGAUCUCCAAAGUGUUUCUGAUGGAGAAGGACCAGGUGGAGGAGGUCACCUAUGAUGUGGCCCAGUAUAUAAAGUUUGAGAUGCCAGUCCUUAAAAGCUUCAUUCAGAAACUCCAGGAGGAAGAAGACCGGGAGGUGGAGAAGCUGAUGCGAAAGUACACGGUGCUCCGGCUAAUGAUUCGGCAAAGGCUAGAGGAGAUAGCAGAGACCCCUGAGACUAUCUGAGCCAUGGGAAUAAGGACAAUCCAGACACUCCAGGGCCCGAGGCUGACCUGAGAAGACCCAUGGGAAGCUAGGCACUGUCCUUCCACAGAAACGUUUUCACACGAACCUUGCAGCCCUCCGAAAGCCAGAACUGCUCCUACAGUAGGACCUAGAAGCAGCAGACGGCUCCCCAUCUCCGGAUCCCUGCUCCUCUUGGUUUUGUUCUCAAAGACCUUCAUCCUAAGGAGGACCCACAAUGUGUAUGCUCACAUACCUGAGUGUGCACGUGUGUGCGUGUGUGCGCACACACGCAAGUGUGCGUAUGUGUACUUACUAUGUCCAUGCGCCUCCCUGAUGUUCUUACAUUUGGUUAAAUUCCGAGCAGGUGCCGUGAGGCUGGUGCGCAGGAGGAGCAGGGGGGUGACUGAGACUUCUUGCCUCUUCCAGUGCCAACGGCAGCCACACAGAUCUGACAGGGAAGAGGAGGCCGCGGGCUCCCCGUUUGGAACGCCUGAAGGUUUACAGCAGAGAUUGUUCUCAUUUGCCAAGGAGGAUGGGUGACCCUGAGAUCUUUGGGAAUUAGUCAAAGUGACAGCCCAAUGAAAUGGCAAAGCAAGAUCGCCUCGGGGCAGAUACAAUGAGUCUGUGAGUUUUUGCACUGGAAAGGUUAUCGUUGUAAAAGCACAAUUAAUGUCCUGUCCUAUGUGGACCCCUGGAAAGAAGGGAUUCUGAUUUUGCUCUUGGCUUUGUGGAUGCUUCUGGGUGUUUCUUCUCUCCAGCUGACACUCGAAUUCAUUCUGACCUGCUCGUGUACCCAGACCGGGUGUGUGCUGGGACAAAUGGCACUCGUAGACUGGAGGGAAGGUCACAGGUGCCACCAUCACAUCAGUAAGAGUAUCCCCCACGUGGAGCUGGGGCAUUGUGUUUGAAGUUACACGGUUUUCUUUCCGGCCUUUGCACACUUGCAAGCUCCUUCACUUUAUACAUGGAGAUGGAUUCCAAGAAUGGAGACCUGUCCUGUUCACUCGACAUAGGGAAGUUCUUUGGGGAGUUCCAUGCGUGUGGGCAGAGAGGAUAGUGCUUGCUUAGCCUUUGAGAGGCCAUGGUUUUUAGAACCAGUCUCAUUGGCAGAAAAGAGCAGGGAUGAUCCUGUAGUCCCUCCAUUUGGGACGCUGCCAUGUAGCUGGUCACCUGUGUGACUUGUACCAUUUGAGGUUGGACAGAUGGAUACUAGGGCCUUGCUGCUGGUCUGUGAAACUCGACCAAGCAAGAUAAGCAGCCCGUAACUCAGACAUCUCUGAGUCUUGCUACAACAGGAUGCCCUUGCCUACCUGCCCUCAAGAAAGCUCUAGAAGCAUGGCAGCCAAGGGGCCCUGACCAGUGUGCCUUUUAAGGAAGGUGGAACUCUUCUACAGAUCUCUUCCUGGGUAGGAGUGUUACUGUCCUUCACUCUCCUCAGAAGGUUCACGGCUGUGGCCUCACUGUGGUCAGCCAUUUUGCUGGGUAUCAUUUAGCACCCUAGCUCCUCUUCUGGGGCAGCACAAUGCAUCCCAUGAGCAGUGGGAUGGAAACCUAGUGGUUCUUAGUCUCUAUCACAGACUCCAAAGACAGCAAAGCACAGAGCUGGGGCUGGGGAUGCAGCUCUCCUUAGGAGCACAACUGAACUCAGUGGGCAGCUGGGGUGGGGGUUCCUUUACUACAGACAAAGAACAGCUUUGUGAAUGCAAAUAUCUGAGAAAAUUUGAUUUGGAUAAUUUCUCUCCCAGUUAUCUUUAUCUUGAAUGUUCAGAGCCUAUGUUGAUCCACACUUCUCCCUUGGGAACUUGGGGGGUUUCCACGGAGCACACUAACUGACUGGGAAGUUAUUUCUGAUUUAUGAAAGCUCGCUGUGAUAGUGUCAGCACGUGACCGUUUCUGAGUGUCAGGUCGCCAGGCUCUCCAAGGUGGUGGUGCCAAGGUAGAUGGCCUUUAAAGUAUGGGGUUCAGAAAGGGAGUUGGGGUCCAUGCUCACUAACCCAUCUUGGCACAUCCCCUAAAGAUCAUUUCUCACACCCAAAGAACUAAUCAGGAGAUUUUAGGAAAUUGACUGGGGCUGAGACCCAGUGGUAGAGCAUUUUCUAAUGUGUGUCAAAAGUAGCACAGUCUAACACACACACACACACACACACACACACACACACACACGCACAAGCAGCCAUAGCCCAGUGGUUGAGGGGUUCUUGGAGUGUUAGGGCCUGGUGCCUGAAACUUGCACCAAACUCCACUCUACCCCGUGAACUUGGGAAACCUUUGACAGAGCCGCAGCAGAACAGACCACGACAGUGGCGACCGGAUUUUCUCACUGGUCUCACUUCGCAGCUUUGAACUCCAAGACCGAUUAGUGUGGGUUUACGUAAUUGGGCGCAAUGGACCUGAAAUCGGGAGGGAUAAAAGACUAACGCAAGGCGGUGGUGGGGGUGUUAAUCCAACAGGUGAAAAGUGGUUCGGCUGCCUCUGGACUCUUCCCCUCCCCUGCCCUCCACAAAGGCUUAUGUUACAAGGUGACCAAGUGGACACUGGCGUCGGUCUGAGGGAGGUGGUGAUGUCAGGCAUAGGUUCGCUUUCUUGGUGGCCAGGUUAGUGGGGAGGUGAGGCCUCACAGUGGGUGGGGGUGUUAGUUGGAAAGAGCUGGAAGCACAGACGCCAGCCAUGCCUGUGCUACUGAUGAAGGGCACACUGCUGACACACUGGACAAGUGCAGCUUGGAGCCGAGGCUGGGGAGAGACGACCUCAGCAGGACAGUGGCGCAGCCCAAGACCGAGAUGUUGGCCUGAGGCAAGCUGAUGGUUUGGGAAGAAAUAUUCACAACCUUCUCCUAUUUCUAGAAACUUCCAGAUAAAGAAAUUUUAUCCGUGCCAUAUGAUGGUCCUCCAAUAUCUGCAAAAGCAUCUCGGCAAGGAUUGUGUUUUGUGGUUUUGCGCGUGUAUUUGAUGUAGGAGGGUAGAUAAGGAAUCUGGUCAAACAGGGCAAGAAGCAUUCAAGGAAUGACAGAAACAGUGAGGCCUCAAGGCAAAACCCAAAUUUUGUUUGAAGCUUUGUAACAUGGAGAACUUGGGGUUAGGGAUACAUUUCCAAGAAAGAAAUAUGUCCGUGACCAAAGGAGUUUUAAUGUCCCACAGGAAUAAGCUUGGCCCUGUGUGAGGGAGGAGGCAGGGGGCUGUCCUAGCUCACUCACUCCCACAGCACUGCCUGCUUUAAAGUUUCUUACGUAGCUUGUUGUCUGUAAAGCCUGGCUUCCGCCAGAUGGGAGAGCAUCUAUAAACCUGACGUGACAUCCCCUCUGUCAGACGUAAUUGAAAGUGUUCACCAUAUCUCGGGUUACACCUCCCGCCCUUCCUCCUACUCCCAUGAAACUGAGAACAGGGGUGCUUAAGCUGUGAACUUUGGAGAAGCCUCAGUUUCCAGGCCGCUGGGUUCUGGGGGUUCUACUAGUGUUUCUUCGGUUUUCCCUCUUGGUUGGGUAGAGUCUCUUUUUCCCUCGUCAUAACUUGCGUAUUAGGAAUGGUACAUGACUUGGUUCAACUGUCGGUUACGAACUGAAAAAUCGGAUGUUAGGGCAUCUUAACACGAUUGGAUGAGGCCUCGUGGCGAGCCAUGGUUUUGCAACCUUUUAAUUUUGUCUUAGACCUUAUUUAAAUAAAGCACUUUUAGAAGCGAGUCCCCGUGGAUUUGUUCUGUGGGUCUUAGGAGGGGAGCUCUGCUUCCCCAGGUCAGUUGUAAGGUGAAGGCUCAGAAACUUAAGCCGGUUUCCUUCCCCCAGGGUUUGUGGUUUGAACUACCCAGGAUUACCAAUAAUGCUUCUAGUCUGUUUGGUGUUAUAUAACAAAGUAGCAGAGACCAGGAAACUUACAAAGCUCAGGCGCUGGAGUCUGUAAAGUCUAGGAGCACAGGGUUAGUGUCUGGUGGAGCCUUUGGAGAGCCACAGAGUAAGACAGAGAAAACAGAGUAGAGAGUUCUCCGUUUUACAUUAUUCGGCUUUGUUGGUGGUGGGGAUGAACACCGCCCUGUGCAUGCCAAGUACACAUGCUACUGCCGAGCCUGAGAGCUUGUGCUGACAAUUAAGCUGCUCCUCCAAUAUCCCAUGAUUCCAUGAGCAGUUUAUUCUACUCACCAGGGUAGAAUUCUAAGGGCCCAGUUACCUCCAGGCCCUUCUACCACUGGAGACCGAGGUUCCAACAUGUGAAUUUGGGGGACGCAUUCAAGCCACUAACUGUUUCCAAUCAGAAACAAAAACGAGCUUGUUUUCCUGUGAGUCAGGUUGAGGCCACUGGUGUGGUAGAAGGAGCUGGGACCUGCCUCAAAGUGGCAAUGGAUGUCACCCUGAGGUCACCUCUGGCUCAUUAGGAUCCGGAAUAAAUCCAUUCUGUCAAA